AGUCCAGUCUCAAAAUGGAGGGCCAUGAUCCUAAGGAACCAGAGCAGUUGAGAAAACUGUUUAUUGGUGGUCUGAGCUUUGAAACUACAGAUGACAGUUUGAGAGAACAAUUUGAGAAAUGGGGCACACCCACUAAUUUCGUGGUGAUGAGAGACCCCCAAACAAAACGUUCCAGGGGCUUUGGUUUUGCGACUUACUCUUGUGUUGAAGAGGUGGAUGCAGCAAUGUGUGCUCGACCACACAAGGUUGAUGGGCGUGUAGUAGAACCAAAGAGAGCUGUUUCUAGAGAGGAUUCUGUAAAGCCUGGUGCCCAUCUAACAGUGAAGAAAAUUGGUGGUGGUAUUAAAGAAGAUACAGAAGAAUAUAAUUUGAGAGACUACUUUGAAAAGUAUGGCAUGAUUGAAACCAUGGAAGUUAUGGAAGACAGGCAGAGUGGGGAAAAAAGAUAAUUUGCUUUUGUAAUUUUUGAUGAUCAUGAUACAGUUAAUAAAAUUGUUGUUCAGAAAUACCCCAGUAUUAAUGGGCAUAAUUGUGAAGUGAAAAAGGCCCUUUCUUAACAAGAAAUGCAGUCUGCUUGAUCUCAGAAGCUGUGGAGGUGGAUCUGGCAACUUCAUGGGUGGUGGAGGAAACUUUGGCCAUGGUGGAAACUUUGGUGGAAGAGGAGGCUAUGGUGGUGGAGGUGGCAGCAGAGGUAGUUAUGGAGGAGGUGAUGGUGGAUAUAAUGGAUUUGGAGGUGAUGGUGGCGACUAUGGCAGUGGUCCUGAUUAUAGUAGUAGAGAAAGUUACGGAAGUGCUGGUGGACCAGGAUAUGGAAACCAAGGUGCUGGAUAUGGUGGUGGUGGUGGUGGAAGAUAUGAUGGUUACAACGAAGGGGGAAAUUUUGGUGGUAACUAUGGUGGUGUUGGGAGCUAUAAUGAAUUUGGAAAUUACAGUGGA